AUGAAUGUCGUACAAAGGGAGUCUCGAAAAACAAUUUUAAAACCUAAAUCCAAGCUCGUUAGAAAAGAUGCUGCAAUAGGAAUACUAGGCUCGAUUGUACUACCCCGUAAGCCUCAGACUACAGCUAAUACAUUUGGAAAAAUAAAUAGAGGACUUGCUCCUCGUUAUGAAUUCAAUAUCGAAUCUCGAAUGUCGACUACAUCGAAACGAUCCUCCAUGGGGCCUCCUUCAGGUCCACCACCAAGUGUAAAACGAAGAAUAAUAAACUAUUCAAGUUCAUCCAAACCUGAAACGUCCUCAAGCGGCCAACCAAGAAUUUUAGCCAAUGAUUCUGCUAACUACACAUCUGAAUUUUGCACGCCGAAAAAUAAACCUUCGACGUUGAGAUACAUCAGUAGUAGCAGUAGAGGUGGCCAUAGUGGCACUAGAUCAGCUAGAUCUACGAGCACAUCUGUAGUUGAUGCCAGUGUAAUACUUGCAAUAUCAGAAGGCAGAGGAAUGGCUAGAGGAGAAAUAGGCAUGGCUGCUGUAGAUCUCCGUCGUCCACAUCUCGUGCUAUGUCAAUUUAGUGACACGUUAUUAUACACGCACACACUGACAAAAAUAAACUACUUCAACCCUAUAGAGAUAAUCGUACCUCACACUUUCUGCGAAGGUGUCCAACCAAACCAACUAUACCAACUUAUUAAAGACCAAUAUCCAUUAGUAAAUGUGACGGCGGUACAACGCCGCUAUUUUAAUGAUGCAGCCGGUAGACAGAAUAUACAGACUCUAUGUGCUCCUCAGUAUAGCGCAGUAUACCUUCAAGUUCUACAUAAAUUUUAUGCAUUAACGGCUGCUGCCGCUGUAUUAAAAUACGUUGAGUAUAUUCAAUGCAUUGUUUUCGCAAGGGAAUCAUUGAAAAUUGAAUACCGCUCUUCUGAAAAUACUAUGAUCAUUGAUGUCGGAACAGCAACACAAUUAGAGUUAGUUCAGCCAUUACAACCAUCCGCUGGACCUACCUGUUGCUUAUUAGGCGUUUUAGGACCAACUUACACUUUUGGCGGGAUUAGGGCUCUUAGAGCGGCAAUAUUACAGCCGUCUUGUAACAAAGAACAUAUUGAAGGUAGAUUGGAUGCUGUGCAGGAAUUGAUUGAAAAUGAAACAGGUUUGAUGGCUGAUUUACAGGACGUUCUAAAGAAACUGUCUGAUAUAGACAAAAUAUUAUUCUUAUGUAUCGAAACACCUAAUCAAAAUAUGGACAAGUACGGGGAAAGUCAAUUAAAUCAAACGAUACUUCUUAAGACAACUAUGGAAAUGGUACCUAAUUUGAUAGAAGCCUUGAAUACUGUAGAGAGUCCAAGAUUAAGAGCAAUCAAAAUGGAUUUCGAAAAUCCACAUUAUAAUGAAAUAUCGAGUAGAAUACGUGACGUGAUCCAAGAUGACGCCCAUUUAGAGAAAGGCGCAAUGGGAAGUCUACAAAGAUGCUUUGCUGUGAAGCCAGAGAUAAAUGGCCUUCUAGAUGUUGCUAGACGGACCUAUUCGGAGCUCAUAGAUGAUAUACAGAAGAUCGUACAACAAUUAAGUGAAAUGCAUGAUUUGCCGAUACGUUUGAAUCAGAAUGUUAUGAAAGGAUUCCACAUAGUCCUUCCAGUAGCUCCGAAAAAUAGGCGGCAUUUUAAUAUAGAAGAUUUACCGCCAGUUUUUAUACAGGCGAGCACCGUAGGUUCUUAUAUCCGGCCAGAAUUCGACUGUUAUGUAGAAAUUAGGAACAGUGUGCAUCCUCUCCUUGAUUACAAUUCACACGUAAUGCCGGUGCCUAAUGAUAUAUUAGGCUGUUUCUUACCAGCAACGAAUGCCGUACUGCGUUUGUGUGAUCGCAUUUUUUCCAGGAUCGGCUUCAACGACAAUGUAGAAUUUAACGCCUCUAGUUACGUCAUUGAAAUGAAAGAAACACAGCACAUUCUGAAAGGCCUAACAUCUUCAAGUUUGGUUAUAAUUGACGAGUUAUGCAGUUGCCACACAGCUGCUAAAGAAGAAAUUAAUUCACAAACUUCUGAAAGAAGAUUAAUAUAUCAACAUAAAAUAGAACCUGGUGUUACUAAAAUUGAACACUAUGGCUUAGCUUUAGCAGCAACAACAAACCUACCACGAGAUACUGUUAACUUGGCCAAAGAACUUGCAGAACUUAUUGCUAGAAAUAUAAAGCCACAAACACAUAAAUCUCCAUCAAUAUCGUUUGAAAAAAUAUUAUAUGAGUUAAAUGCAAAAAUACGACAAGAAUCUCGUAAAAACUCAAAAUUUGAAGAAACUAUUCCAAAAAUGAUACAACAAUUUAAAAUUGACAAUCCUUUAAUUAUAGACAAACUUAAGGUAGAAAGAAAUAAAUCAGAUACAAAUUCAAAUAUUAAUAGUACGAUGUCCAGUGAAGCAAUAACAAAUCGUUUACGGACCAACACUGAAAAGUAUAUUGAAAAUAAUGAAAAUCAUAAUAAAAACAUCUAUAAUGCCGUUGAAAAUUCGAAUUCCACAACAGGCUACAGUAAUUCCACACAAGAACAUUUCACCACAAGUAGAGCUCUUUAUGCGUCUAUUAAAUCUUCUACUCAUUUACUAAAUACUAUGGAAAACUCUAAGUUUGAUAGAAUUAAUAAUGAAAAUUUGGACGAAAAACUGAAGCCGCUUCAAAAAAUCCAAACAAGUUUAAUGAUGAACGAUAAUGAUCAUACUUUAAAAACCGCUGUUAAUAACAACGAUUCCAAUAACAGAAAUAAUGAUCCAGUAUAUAAUGAUCAAGAUGAAAUUAUCGAAAGUUAUGAAAUUAAUGAAGAAAUUAAUGAGAGUGAUGAAUCAGAUAUUGCAUCGGCUUUAACACAAAUACUAGAAGAAACUUCAGAUGCAAGUAUGGAUUCAGAUAAUAAAAUGUCCGUGGACGAGGAACUUAUGAGAGAAACAGUACAGGAAAUUAGUGAAGAACAGUUAAACAAACUCAAUGUAGAUCUUAAAAAUAUAAUUCUUACACCGCCAUUAGAAUUUAGAGAU